AUGGACUACUCUCUGCUAGUUUCUGCAGAUUCAGAACAUCAGCAUUAUCAGGAACACUGUGGUGGAAUGUUGGCAGAUUCAGCCAAUAUCCGGCAGCUCAUACUACACCCGGGGUCGUCACCAGGUGUAGGUGAUACAAUCCUGGACUUCAGAACAGACACUGUGUGGUUUCAGAAGACUAUGGCGGUCCAGCGAGUUCCACAAGCUGAUCUUACAGCUGCCCGUGGUAAUAAAGUUUUCCAAGAUCAUAGUUUAAAUGUCAUGAUCAAAAAAUGUAUGAUGAAGACAGAACAUGAAUCUGUGAAGGAUCCAAAUUCUAUGUGGGGUAACAUUUCAGAAAAACUUUUUGGCUCCAACAAUAUUACUCUGAGAGUUAGAAUAAAAAACAAAUAUUAUAAACUAAAGAAGGAAGAGCCAGGUAAUUUAGGUCAUUGGUUUUCAUCAAAUGAAAAAUCAAUUCAUGGAAGAAAAUAUAGAAAGCCAUUCUGGGCACAAAGGUUGAGCUAUGAAAUUGGGUUCCGGAAGAUCAAAAAAAGAAGAGUUAUGAAAUGUAUGACAUUAGAUGAUGGCAGAAAUCAAGAAAACAGUGAUGAUGAUACUGAUGAUAGAAAACAGGCAGAAUACAGUGAUGAGGAUGAUUUGGUGACAGAAAACUUAAAGAAGACAGUGAUGAUUUUGAUGACAGAAAACAAAAAGGAAGACAGUAGUGAUGAUGUUGGUGACAGAAAACAAGGAGAAGAAAGUGAUGAUGAUUUUGAUGACAGAAAAUUUAAGAAGGAAGACAGUAGUGAUGUAGUUGGUGACAGAAAACUAGGAGAAGAAAGUGAUGAUGAUUUUGAUGACAGAAAAUUUAAGAAGGAAGACAGUAGUGAAGAUGUUGGUGACAGAAAACUAGGAGAAGAAAGUGAUGAUGAUUUUGAUGACAGAAAAUUUAAGAAGGAAGACAGUAGUGAUGACAUUGGUGACAGAAAACUAGGAGAAGAAAGUGGUGAUGAUUUUGAUGACAGAAAAUUUAAGAAGGAAGACAGUAGUGAAGAUAAGGAAGACAGUAGUGAUGACGUUGGCGACAGAAAACUAGGAGAAGAAAGUGAUGAUGAUUUUGAUGACAGAAAAUUUAAGAAGAAAGACAGUAGUGAAGAUGUUGAUGACAGAAAACUUGAAGACGAUAGAAGUGAUGAUGUUCUUGACAGAAAACUUGAAGAAGAUAAAGAAAAUAUUAGUGAUAAUGGUGAUGACAGAAAAAAAGAAGAAACAUAUAGUGAUGAUGGGUAUGAUGGGGAUGAUGAUGAUGACAGGGUAAAAGAAGCAGACAGUGAUGAUAAUGAUGACACCAAAAAAGGAAACAAAGACAGAAAUGAUAAUGGUGACAAAGAAACAGAAGAAGAACAAGACAGUUGGGCUGAUGGUGACCAUAAAAAACAAAAACAUUACCGUGUGAGUGAUGCUAAUGACUAUUUUCAAGAACAUGAGAUAGAUGACAAUAACAAUGAAAUAGAAGAAUAUAAAACUGUGUCUAAAGAGGAUUCUGACGAUAUACAGGCAAAACAAAAAGCUAGUGAAGGAAUUACCUCUUCUGAAAAGAAACAAAAGGAACAUAUUGAGGUAGAUGAUCUUGGGUCACACAUAAGUGAUGCUGGUGACAAAUUUCCGCCAACCAAAAGUAGAAAUAUCCAUGACUUCACUUCAGAGAAAUUUAGUCGAAAAGAAAGUUAUGAAAAGUCUCAAAAAAAUGGAAAACAUGGAGUCGGGUCAUAUUUUAAAGAUGAAAGUAAAUUUGAAAGUGAAACAUACGAGGAAUUCAAAGGUGAACUGCAUUCACAAGCAAAAAUGAAAGAAAGUGACACUGAUAACAAUAUGAAAUGUAAUAGUGAUAGAUCAGAUGAUUUUAAUGAAAUAUCUAAUGAUGAUAUUGAAAGUCAGAAAACAGAUGAAUGCAAAAAAAGUUAUUUUGAUAUGGGCAAAGAUGAACUCAGCUUUGAAACAGACAAUUCAAGUACUGGAUAUGCUGAAGGCGUGACUAAACUUGAACAAUUUGAUAUUAUUUUGAACAAAGAACAGUGGAAAGAAAUAAAACCCACUAAAAUGGAGCCUCAUAAACUUAGACCAAAUUGGACCAACUUGUUAUCACAGAAAUUUAAUGAAAUAAUCCCAACUUGA